AUGCUCUCGCUCUCGAUGAAGUCCAUCGGGGUGGGGGCGCUGGACAUACGGACGCGCGUCCGCAGACUGCGGGACCUGGCGGUUUCGGAAGGGAGCCUCACCGAGGAGAUGGUCGGCCUCGUUCGCUUUCUCGUGCAAGCGGAACUGCUGUUCGAGAUGUCCGCCUGCGGGGACGUUCCUUUCAGGGCGGCAUUCGUGGUGGAUCUCGCGACUAGGCUCGACACCAAGGAAUCGACUGUCGAGAAGCUUUUGCGGGCGAACUCCCGAGAGGCGCGCGUCUGCGUCUCUUGCCCGACCUAUCUAUUGCUGACGUUCAGGGCCCCCGAGACGAUGCUAUCGAUCGGAUACGCACUGGAAGAGCUUCCGUCGCUGGGUGGCACGGACGAUGACUGGAUCAUCAACCUCGGCGAGGUCGAAGUAUAUGAUGGGAACGGAAAGAACAUCGCUCUAGGUGCGUCCGCUUCAACGAGCAGCUUGUGGCCGGGGUUCAUAGCGGCGAAUGCGAACAACAACAAUCCGCAAGACAUAGUUCACACUGCGACCGAUGACAAGUCUCCUUGGGUCCAAAUCGAUCUCGGCCACGCGCAGACCGUGUACGCAGUCCGCAUCAUCAACCGCCAGGACUGCUGCUGGACACGUGCCAUAGGAUGCUACCUCGGGCUCUUUAACGAGCAUUGGACGCCUGUGUACACGUCCGAUCAGAUCAGCCAGUCCGGGGUGGCCUACGUUUUCGCGCCUCCUUCCGUAACUCCAGUUGCAGGAGCCACUGGGAACACGAUCUCCACCAUCGUACCCAUAUCCGUGCAAUGGCCUGGCACGGGAUCUUGUAGCGUGUCGUGCGGAGACGCCGAGGCCGGUGCUCUCGAGAGACGAACGCCCGUCAAGAAGCGACCCAGCCUCGAAUCCAGGACGUUCGACUUCAAGCCUCACUUCCACAGGGCUUUCGUCUUGGCCGAAGAGAUUGGGAGCGGCAGCUUCGGGAGGACCCACGUGGCCUUCGCCAGGAAGAUGGGCGAUCAGAACGGCAGGAAAGUGGCCGUGAAGAUCAUCCCGAAGCGACGCAUGGCCAGCCAGGUCGAGAUCGACGACGUCGUCCGAGAGGUCGACAUCUUACGCAUGCUGCAGCGCAACGAAAACGUGGUGGAGUUCAUAGAUGCAUACGAGGACAUCAUGAAUGUAUACAUAGUGAUGGAGCUGUGCUGCGGUGGGGACCUCUCCGACCGCAUCCUGGAUGCCGGAGGCCGCUGCUCAGAAGCGAGCGCGGUGCCCAUGGUCUGGCAGAUCCUGAACUCGGUCGCAUACAUGCACGGCCGCGGUAUCAUCCAUCGGGACAUCAAGCCGGAGAACUUCCUCUUCGCCUCGGACGACAAGGACUCCCUCCUCAAGGCCAUAGAUUUUGGCCUCUCGGAGUACUAUCGCGAGGGGGAGGUGCUCAACGACAUCGUGGGCAGCCCCUACUUCGUCGCUCCCGAAGUACUAAAAAGGGCAUACCAUAUGAAGGCGGAUGAGUGGAGCAUAGGGGUCAUGACAUACAUCAUCCUGGUGGGCACACGCCCUUUCUUCGGAAGCACUCAGUCGGAAGUGUUUCGAUCGGUCCUGGAAGAGAAGCCGGACCUCGACGGCGUGAAUCUGACGAGAGACGCCAGAGACUUCAUCGAGAGGCUCCUGACCCGAGACGUAGACGGGCGGCUGACCGCCAGACAGGCACUCUCGCACCCGUGGAUGCGUAGCCUCGACGACACGUCCGCUCAAACGGAUGCUAAAUAG